AUGACAGGCUCCCAAAACGCUGGAUUGUCCAAAGAUGAAGCGCAAAUCUAUGAUCGACAAAUUAGGUUGUGGGGUUUCGAAGCUCAAGAGAAGCUGAGAACUUCUUCCAUAUUGGUUUGUGGCCUCUCCGGUCUCGGAGCCGAAGUUGUCAAGAACUUGAUGUUGUGCGGAAUCAAGGAUAUCACUUUGUUAGAUGAGAAAUCUGUCAAGGCGGAAGAUUAUGACAGCAACUUCUUGCUUUCUCCUGAUUCCAUCGGAAAAAAUAGAGCCUCUUCUUCUACCGUCAAAGCUCAAUCUCUCAACCCCAUGGUUAAAUGCACUGUUGAAGAAGUUUCAAUUGAAUCAAAACCUGCCGACUUUGUGAACUCUUUCACUCUGGUAGUUCUUAUUGAUCAAACUUUUGAAGCGACAAACAAGUGGAAUAAAAUCUGCCGCGAGAAAAAUAUAAAGUUCGUGUCCGGAAGUGUUUUCGGAUGGAUCGGAUAUGGUUUCUUUGACUUUGAUCAACAUUACUUUUUGAUGCCUGCUAAACAGGAUCAUCAAGUUUUCGGAGUAGACUGUGCAGUUGAUGAUACCAAAGCUGUCACCUUAGAAGAUGACCAGUUAGUGAAAGAGAAAAUCUCGUACCCGUCGUUCGAAGACUCCAUUCGUUUCAACUGGGCUUUGAAGUUCAAAAAGAGAACUAAGCAAAGAAUCCCGCCAGCUUACCCUCCUCUCAUAGCUUUAAUCAAAGCACAAGAGCAAAACCAAUUAAGUGGAAAUACGGAAGAAGACAUCAACAAUGUUUACAAAAUCUUCCAAAAAGAAGUCAAUGACUUGAACUUGGGAGAAAAGCCUUUGAAGGAUUUGGCGAAAGAGAAAUUCGAAUAUUUCUUCGGUUCUCAGCUAUCUCCAGUUUGCGCAACUAUCGGAGGCCUGAUUGGCCAGGAGUGUAUUAAGGCUUUGUCUGAAAACAAAGAGCCAUUACGUAAUCUCUUUCUCUACUCCGCUUUUCACACUGCAGGAGUGAUGAUGGACGCAUCUUAA